GCCGCCUCCGCUGCUGGUCGGCAGCCGCCGCACUCCGCUCCGUGCCCCCCCACCCCCCCGCUCAACCCCGCUCCCCGGCCAUGGCGGGGCCGGGGACCGGCAGCCGGCUGAGCUGAGCCGGGCGGAGCGGGCACAGCGCCGGGGCCGGUGUCGCAGAGCAGCCGCGGCAGAGGGAGGUCGGCCACGAUGGGCUCAGUGGGAACUGAGCGCUUCAAGGAGCUGAGCCCGGUGGGGACGCCAGAGGGCAACGUGGUGAUGAGCUUCAGCUUCGACAGCUACCAGCUGGAGGAGGAUGAGCUGCAGCGGGGCAGCCAGGCCAAGGGCGUCCUCACCUUCAUGGAGCCGGGUGAGGGCAGGCACAGCCCCAACCCACAGCCAGCAGUUUCUGAGGAUCCUGAGCCCCAGGAUCGAUACCAUGGGAUCUACUUUGCCAUGCUGCUGGCUGGGGUGGGGUUUCUCCUGCCAUACAACAGCUUUAUCACCGAUGUGGACUACCUGCACCAUAAAUACCCAGGGACCUCCAUUGUCUUUGACAUGAGCCUCACCUACAUCCUGGUGGCUUUGGUGGCUGUCAUCCUCAACAACGCGCUGGUGGAGCUGCUGAGUUUGCACACACGGAUCUCCGUGGGCUACCUCUUUGCCCUGGGGCCCCUGCUCUUUGUCAGCAUCUGCGAUGUCUGGCUGGAGCUCUUCAGCCGCAGGCAAGCCUAUGCCAUCAACCUGGUCGCCGUCGGGGUGGUGGCCUUUGGCUGUACAGUGCAGCAAUCCAGCUUCUACGGCUACACAGGGCUGCUGCCCAAGCGCUACACGCAGGGCGUGAUGACAGGCGAGAGCACCGCUGGGGUCAUCAUCUCGCUCAGCCGAAUCUUCACCAAGCUGCUGCUGUCAGACGAGAAGGAGAACACGGUCAUCUUCUUCUUCAUCUCCAUCGGCAUGGAGCUGACGUGCUUCGUCCUGCACCUCCUGGUGAAGCGCACCCGCUUCGUCCGCUACUACACCACCUGCUCCCGCAAGGGCCUCCCCGAGAGCCGGGCGCCCAGCGGCCGUGGGGCUGGCUACCGCGUCCACCACGACGUCACUGCCGAGGACAUACGAUUCGAGAACCGGCAGCGGGGGCAGCCGAGCUCCCCCCGGGGCAGCCCAGGCCCCGACGCUGAGCUGACCGGCAGCGGCACCUACGUGCGCUUCGACGUCCCUCGGCCCAAAAUCAAGAGGAGCUGGCCCAGCUUCAGAGACAUGCUGCUGCACCGCUACGUCGUGUCCCGGCUCAUCUGGGCCUACAUGCUCUCCAUCGCCAUGACCUACUUCAUCACUCUGUGCCUCUUCCCUGGGCUGGAGUCAGAGAUCCACAACUGCACUCUGGGGGAGUGGCUCCCCAUCCUCAUCAUGGCCAUCUUCAACCUCUCCGACUUUGUCGGCAAGAUCCUGGCUGCCCUGCCCUAUGACUGGAGAGGGACCCACCUCCUCAUCUACUCAUGUGUCCGUGUGGUCUUCAUCCCCCUCUUCAUCAUGUGCGUCUACCCCAAUGGGAAGCCCACCUUCGGCCACCCUGCCUGGCCCUGCAUCUUCUCCCUCCUCAUGGGCAUCACCAAUGGCUACUUUGGCAGCGUGCCCAUGAUCCUGGCUGCUGGCAAAGUGAGUCCUGAGCAGCGGGAGCUGGCAGGGAACACCAUGACUGUGUCCUACAUGACAGGCUUGACGCUGGGCUCAGCCGUGGCAUACUUUGCCUACAGCCUCACCAGUACGUCCCACAGUAGCUGUUUCUACACUGAAAUCUCCAACGGCUCCUUUACAACAGGGUACUGAGCUCUGGGGUGGGGUGAUGGGGACAUGAUGGGACCCACCUCCCACUCUGGUUCCCCAUCACCCCUCUUGGCCUUUGUCCCUUCUGGAGGAGGGAGCCUGGAGCCAGAAAGCUGUCCCAGGGCAGACAGAGACAGGCACUGUGUUGGCAUGGGGCUGUGGCAUCUCAACACAGCCCAUGCUGCCCAACCAGAUCAGAUGCUGCACAGAAGGACUACUUCUUGCCGUGACAUUCCUCCCACCCUGAAAGAGGGUCCUGUUGCUCUUGGGGGGCUCCCCAUCAGCGAUGUGCAGCUGUUCAUUGGGGGGGAGGGGGUGUCUUCUGUUUGUGCCAAGCCAUUGCCAGGAGGAAGAAAAUACUGCCAAAUCCCAAAGGGAAUAGGAACUGUGCUGGGGGUGGGGGGAAGGCAGUGGAGGGGUAGUGAGAAAGAAGAGGAGCAAGAGAGGACGGAAGCACACCUUCAGUCCCCUGUGGCUCUGGAAAGAGGAGCCUCAGCUUUCAUCAAUGGUGCUGCAGGUUUUCACCAAGACUGGCUUCCAAUUGUAAUCCCUACUCAAAUAUGCCAAAAAAAAAAAGACACAAUUCAGCUUUGCUGAUUGGAAAAAAAAAAACCUUUUGCUUGUGUCUUGUUUUUGCCCUGCCCCUGACUGCAAGCAAGGCAGGGUCUUGCCUCCUCCAACCUCACACUGUGAGUCUGUCCCACCACAACGGGGCAGAGAGAAGGGGAUCUGAGGCCACAGCAGUGCAGAUGCCACUCAUGGACCACUGGAUGAGCUUCAGAAUUUAUGGCAAGGGACACAGAUGAGGCCAAUGCCACAUGAAAUGUCUUUGCAGUGAUGGCUGGUCAUUAGCCAUGCCACUGGUAUGGCCCUGGAACCAAAACUACUUGACUGCUGGCAAUGGGCUGGGCUAGCAAGCACAAAGUGAUGCCUGCUGAUUGUCUCUUGAGGGUUUGGGGUGUUCCUUGUCCUGCUCCCCAUCUCGAUAGUCCCCUCUAUCACCUCAGAUGGCUGAACUUGCCACCACGUCCCACCAAACCCCUGCUAGCCUCAAGUGCUACACUUCUGUGGGCAGCAAGUGGGAGAGGAAAUGGGCGGAGCAGAGCAGAAAUCAUCUCGAGAAGGUAUAAAGAGCAGAGGCUGAUGCUGCUGUUUGGGACUUGCUGCACCUCACUGUGCCGGCUGGUAGGUGCCACUUCCCAAGGGCUGGAGUCAGUGGGAACAGAAGGCAGCAGGCACCAGGCUUGGCAACCCUGACCUGGCCCUAC